AUGACUCCCCCAGUACCUCUUCAGUUCGCUUGGUUUCUCCUUGCUCUUCUGGUGUAUGCAAGCGCCCGGAAGCAGAAGAGGGUUCUGAACUUUAUCCGGCGGGGUGGAUUUCUUGCUGAGGCUUUUUCGCAGCCUUACAUUCUCAUCUACGUCUUCCUUGCGUGGGUAUGUUUCACUACUGACUGGGUCUACAGCUUCUCUGACUUCAUGGACUUUACUUCGUACUUGUUUGAACAAGAUCGCCCUCACGCUCCCGGCUUCUGCCAGGCGAUGAGGGAGAAGAUUUGCCAUGCAGAAGCGUGCGCGGGUGGGAUCUGUGGGUCUCAGGAGCUCGAGGACUGCAUCCGCCGCUACCCAAAGCCAUGCAUGCUUUUGAGCAUCCCGCAUUGGCUCCAGACGCUUGUCUUCCUUUCGCCGCCCUGUGUAAUCUUGGCAGUGGUCAUCAGCGCUGUGCACACCUGGAGACACGCAAGGUAUGGGAGGCCAUGGUGCGAUCAGGACUUGGAGAGCUUGCAUGCACAUGCGAUAGAGGUGAUCCUCCUGCCCGCUGUGUACGGAAUCUUCUCCUUGAUUUCUGUUGCGGAUCAGGUUUCGCUGCUGGAAGGUCGGACAGAUACACGGGUUUGGAAGGCCGAUGCUCCCUGCGAUGCUGAAAUGCAGCUGCACGGCAAGCUACAAAUCUCUGACACGUGCUGGAGUGAAUUCAUCGACCGGUCUGUUCGCUGGUGUAACUUGAACUUCAUAGUGGCCGACCUGUACGAGGCCCGCGCUCUGUACUGCUUCAGUUGGGCAUGCAUGGAGUAUAUUGAUCUGCAGCGCACGAAACGGGGCCUUUUGUCAAGCUCCUGUCCGACAUGCCACUCCGCGGUUUCGAACAUGCUGCUGACGCCGUUGAAGGAGAUGACCCUGCUGGGGGUGCAGCUGUUCAACGUGACAAACCUUGCCCGGGCAAUCUUCGCGCUGGUUGCGGAGCAGCUGCGAUAUGCCUGGAUCUCUGCCUUCACAUGGCUGUCCUACAAGGCCUUGCAGCUCGGAGAUGUGGAUGCCAUGCUCACAGGCUUCAACCUCUGUGUGAGCAGCAUCGCCAUCUGGAACCUUAUCAUCUUUGAGCACUACUUAAACAACCUGCUUCAGGGCUUCAGCCCCAAGCUGAAGUUCUGGAGUGCCAAGAUCAUCGUCUCCUUAGCCUUCAUUCAGGGCCUCGCUGUGAACGUGGCGGGGAAUUUGCUGCCCUUGGACGACUACUACCAGCAGCACCAGCGUUCGCUGGUCUAUGCCGCACUCAUCUGCAUCGAGAUGCUUCCGGUUGCGCUGCUUCAGUAUGCGGCCUGGACGCCGUCCAAGAUUGAGAGCAUCAUCCGCAAAGGCUGCCCUGGGAGCGAUGCGGAGUCGAAGAAGCUGGAGUUCUCCAUCGCAAGUGGACAGCAGCGAAUGCAGAUCACCAUCGAGCAGGCCACAGACCAGGGCGUUGACUUCUGGCACAGCGCGUCGGUGACGAUGCUGAGCAGCGCUUAG